AUGUCGAUCCAGGUCAUCUCAGACCUGCAUCUCGAGUCACCAAAGUGCUACCAUGUCUACGAAAUCGUUCCCAAAGCACCAUAUCUAGCCCUACUGGGAGAUAUCGGCAACAUCGGUCCACACACGGCCGAGUAUCUCGCAUUUCUACGCCUGCAACUAAAGUCAUUCAAGGCAGUGUUACUCGUUCCCGGCAACCACGAAGCAUACCACUCCAACUGGGAUGAUACUCUCUCCACACUACGAACAUUCGAAGAUGAAUGCCGGCAAGACACAUACAUCGGGGAGUUUGCUCUCCUGGACCGCACGACUCUUCGCCUACCACAUAUCACGAUGGGUAUCCACGUCAACGACUUCUCCCAGAUUACGGACUGGACUACAGACAACCACAAUGACAUGCAUGCGAAGGAUCUUAAUUGGCUGAACGACCAGGUGACUGAGCUGGAGAAAACGGAUGUCAGCAUCAUGAUCUUGACGCAUUGGAGUCCCUCGCGGGAUCCCCGUGCGAUUGAUCCGAAGCAUAUGAGGAGUCUUAUCACGAGCGGCUUCUGCACUGACUUGUCAAAGGAGCCUUGCUUCGUCAGUGGCAAGGUUAAGGUGUGGGCAUUUGGGCAUACGCAUUAUAAUUGCGAUUUUGAGGUUGGUCGUCGCGGCGGUGUUGGACUGUUGAGGCUUGUGACGAACCAGGCAGGGUAUGCCGCUGAUUUGGCCGAGGGUUUUGAUCCGGGGAAGACGGUGGUUCUUUGA